UGCUCUGCUCCAAUGGCAGAAAGAAAGAAAACAAUUCACUUUCCUUUCUCUCUCUAAAACCACACUCUAUGUUCUCUCUCUCAUGCUAUGAAAGCUAAAGCUCUGCAUCCACCAUUUCUUACACUUUAAACCCUUUUAUUUCUCUCUCUAUCUCUCUUUUGCAUUUUGGUUAAUUCUUUUUCUUCUUCUACUUCUUCAGUGUAGCACCUAUUAGUCUUCUUCUUCUUCUUCUUCUUCUUCACAUUGUGUAUCUUGUUCAUACUUUUGACUUCAUAUUCUUCAACCAACUUCUCGAACCCAUAUCCAAUUUUUUUGGGUUUUUAAGUUCUGGGUUCCUCUAAUUCCUUUCCAUUUCCUUUCCCUUCUCUUCAAUGGAGAAGAAACCCAGCUUCUUCUCUGCUCUGAAAGAGGAGGUUAUUCGUGGCUUGUCUCCCUCGCGUUCUCGUGCUAAAAGUCCGGCGAGAACUGCUUCCCCUUUUUCCAUUUUGUUGCGUAGAAAGAAGAAUCAGUAUGUUGCUCAUGCUGGGAUUCCACAGCAGUUCAUUGCGCGAUCCGGCAGUUUCCGGCCUGUUGGGGAGGCUCUUACACCGCUGGUGGAGGGUCCUGAUCCGGACGGAUGUGAAAUCGGGGAUUCGAAGAGGAUUAGUUCGGGGUUAGGGCAGUGGAUGAAAGGCCAACUCUCUCGAACUCCUUCUAUUGCUUCUUCUGUGGCGACUAAGAGGUCUGAUUUGAGGCUUUUGCUUGGUGUUAUGGGUGCUCCUCUUGCUCCUGUGCAUGUUAGCACCUCCGAUCCUCUGCCCCACCUCAGUAUAAAAGAUACCCCCAUUGAAACUUCAUCAGCUCAAUACAUAUUGCAACAAUACACAGCGGCAUCUGGUGGGCAGAAGCUUCAAAACUCCAUCAGAAAUGCAUAUGCAAUGGGGAAGCUUAGGAUGGUAGCUGCUGAGUUUGAAACUGCAACGAAGGUGAUGAAGAGCAGAAAUCCAUCCACUCGAGCCGAGUCUGGUGGCUUUGUGCUCUGGCAGAUGAAUCCAGAUAUGUGGUAUGUUGAGCUUGCAGUUGGAGGCAGUAAAGUUCAUGCUGGGUGCAAUGGAAAGCUCGUUUGGAGGCAUACGCCCUGGCUUGGUGCUCACACUGCAAAAGGACCGGUUCGACCUUUGCGUCGUGCACUUCAGGGUCUUGAUCCUAGAACAAUAGUGAGAAUGUUUGCAGAUGCAAGAUGCAUAGGAGAGAAGAAAAUCAAUGGUGAGGAUUGCUUCAUCCUUAAGCUCUGUGCUGAUCCUCAAACACUGAAGUCUAGAAGCGAAGGACCGGCAGAGAUUAUAAGGCAUGUGUUGUUUGGCUACUUCAGCCAGAAAACAGGAUUGUUGGUGUACAUGGAAGAUUCUCAUCUAACCCGAAUUCAAUCCAACGGUGGAGAUGCAGUUUACUGGGAAACCACAAUCAAUUCAUUCCUCGACGAUUACAGGCCUGUUGAAGGUAUCAUGAUCGCACACUCUGGCCGUUCUGUGGUCACACUCUUCAGAUUUGGUGAAAUGGCUAUGAGUCAUACCAAAACAAAGAUGGAAGAAGCGUGGACCAUUGAAGAGGUUGCGUUCAAUGUCCCCGGCCUAUCAAUGGACUGUUUCAUUCCCCCAGCUGACUUGAGAUCAUGUUCAAUCAGUGAAACAAGUGAGCUACCUCAGGAUGAAAGGUCCAAAAGUGCAAUUGCGUUAGCGGCAUACAGAGCUAAAGUUGCUGCAUUGGAAAAGCCCGACGACGACUGUAUGGAUAACAUGACAUGGAAAUCAGAUUUCUAACCGCGAUGAGGAUGCAUUUAGAACAGUUGUUUAUACUCAAAGGUGAUUUCUUAAUUUUAGGAAGCUUAUAGGGUAGGGAGUUUUAUAGAUAAUUACAAUGGUCAUGUAAUGCCUCUGUUAAUCUGUAAAUAGAGAUAAAUAUUCUCGGGCUUCAAACAAGCCUGAAUGAAUCUUUAUACUCAGUAGCAGAAUCCAACUAUGGAGUUGGAGCUCGGGUUUCCAGUUAGGGAUGGAGCGAAUGGAGGUCCAUUUUUUUCGGUUCACAUUCGAUGCAAGUUAGGAAGGAGGUGAAGGCUCUGUAAGACAUAACAACCUUUACCCUUCUUUAAUCUUUACUAAUUUUUCUUUCUUAAAUGAAAUACUAUUGAUGGUGGUAAUGUUUAGGAAACAUCCACUUACACGGUUAAGAUCGAAUGGUAACUAUCGAUCAACCAAGUCCCAUUACUUCUGUUCGUGAUGAUUAGUUGGUAGCCUUGCUUCAUUAGUGAAAAGUGAAAAAGUAGGAUUAUUGUGGUGGAAUUUGAAGACAUUUCUGGCUGUAAAAGAGUAUGUAUUGUAUAUCACCAUGUCAAGGAUAUUGAAUGGCAUUGACAGAGACUUAUUGGAAAAGGUCAUGAAGAAGAAGAAGAAGGUGGAGGGCCAUUCUAUGUUUUUAUUAACAUUUCUGAGAUUUCUUUUUCUCUUUCUCUCUCUCUUUUUUUUUUUUGGGUGUUAUUAUUGUAAUGAUUUGUUAAGGUGGGGAGCAGAGUGAGGCAGCUUUAAAGAGGCAAAGUCUGUUAAUUUGAUGCUCCUUGUAAUUUGACCUUCUAAUGUUCAAGAUGCUUUGUUAGUGUUUGGAAUGUCAGUGUUUCUCCCCUUUUUCUUC